UGGUGACCGGAGCAACAUCUGGUAUCGGAAAAGCCUACGCCCAUGAGCUUGCUCGAAGAGGCCUUGAUGUGGUUCUCAUCAGCCGUUCGAUGGAGAAACUGAAGCAGGUGGCGACUGAAAUCGAGCAGCAACAUCGCCGAAGAACCAAAGUGUUCCAAACAGAUUUCACACACGGCUCAGAAAUCUAUGAGCCAAUUCGAGCCGCUUUGCAGGGUCUGGAGAUUGGCAUUCUGGUGAACAAUGUUGGUCUGGCACUGGAAGCGCCCAGAUAUUUUCUGGAUGCUGCUAAGGUUGUCAAGAGCAUAGAUAACAUAGCACACUGCAACAUGCUUUCGACUGUAAAGAUGACGCAGAUCGUCCUUCCUCAGAUGGUGGCCAGGAAGAAAGGAAUUGUCAUCAACCUGUCAUCCAUCAGUGGCUGGCGUCCAAUGCCACUUCUAUUGCUGUACUCCGCAACUAAGGCAUUUGUUGAUUACUUCUCACACGCUUUAGAAAUCGAAUACAGAUCCAAAGGCAUCAUUAUUCAGAGCGUCCUGCCCUUUUUUGUUGAAUCCAGCAUGACCGUCGACGUCGACAAAUUCCUCAAGAUACCAGCAAAGGACUUUGUGCGGCAGGCUUUGAACACGGUGGGGCUCACCAACAGAACCCGCGGCUGUCUCAGCCAUGCUAUCCAGGCCCACAGAUACUCCCAGCCUGAAAUUCUCCAUAUCCCAGUGGAAUGCGAGACAGUUAAAGCGCAAUAUUACCAAACAUCCAAAGUUUGA